CAUGAGCCUCUGACUACACGCUUCCGUACCACAAGUAGAAGAAGGAGACUGAAACACUACGGAGCAGCACUGUUAGCAUUGGCUGCUAUUCGGGAUACUUCCGUCAGAUUAUUCUUUUAUUUUUAAAUGUGUGAACGUUAAACCAGCAGCGGAAGUGCACACCAGUUACCGGCUAACGGGAGAGGAAGCCCAGUGACGCGUCUCUGACAUGAACAGCUAUAGGAAGAGGAAGACGUCAGGAAGUCCUCUCAUUGCAAGGACCAAGACCAGCAGAGGGGCCAACGCUAGGAGGACGGCUAACCGGCUAACGGCUAACGUCAGCACGUUAGCCGUCCCCUCCACAGAGACAAUCGCCAUGAUGGACAACGCUGAUGGCACUGUAGAAGAGGUGGUGGAUCUGACCUGUGAAGGAACAGAAGCUUCUGUGGUUGAUCUGACAAACAACGACUCUGUUCUGCUUGUGGACGAAGGUCCACAGAAUGAGAGAGUGCCGACAGGUGAGAGCUACGUUGUCAGCAGUGAUGAAGAUGAAGACGCGCCUCCUAUCGCCAAUGCUGCAAUUAUGCCCUCUGUACAGUCAAACAGCUCCUCCAGGUCCACACCGGGUACGAUCAGCUGUCCCGUCUGCCUGGACUCGUACUUGGAGAUUGUGGAGAGCGGACGACUGGUUGUUUCCACUAAAUGUGGUCACGUCUUCUGCAGUCAGUGUCUAAGAGACGCUCUGACUUCAUCACACACCUGUCCUACCUGCAGGAAGAGACUAACCCAUCGCCAGUACCACCCCCUGUACAUCUGACAUCACUCUUACAUCGUCAUAUGCCUUAGGUACUUUUGGACGUUAUGUUUCUAGUGACCUCAUCAGUGGCAUCAUCAGAUCAGAUGCUUUUGGCUGCCGUGGUUGUUUUGUAUCCAAAACAAAAGACUGAGGUGCAUUUUAAUUAAAGAGUGAUUGCAAUUGAAUGAUAUUGUAUAAUUUGAUAUAUUUGAUAAUCUGUUUUUUUGUUUUGUUUUAUUCUUGUUUCUGGACUGUUUUUCUAUUGUAAGUACAAAAUGUGUUUAAAGUAGAAAUAAACUAUUCAAUUCUG